AUAAAAUUUGUACGGUUAUCUAAGACAUGGUGUCACAUUCUCAAAUCAUUCUAAGGUUUUCUUUUGUAUUCUUAGCUGCUGCUGCGAGUUUUGUAGUUUAUGAUUCAGUCGUGGAAAAGAAGCGCUUGAGAGAAGGAUUAUUCAGAGAGUAUGAAAAAAUGAAGAUACAACAACGAGAGGCUAUUGAACAACAGAAGGAAGACCACAGUAAAUGGAAAGAGGAAAAGAAACUAGAGAAUCGACGAAAACGAGAAGAAAUGAAGAAUAGCUCAGAGUCAGUCUAGAAAAAGGAUUCUCAGACUAUUUGCUCAGGCAGUGUGUGUUCUGUAUGAGAUAUUGCCAACAGCAAUGAGUAAAGUAUUAGGUGAAUGGACCACUUGAGUGAAAGUGAAGCUGUUGGAAAAGAGAUUACAUAAGUGAUUUGAUCAUGACUUUUACAACUGACAGUGCUAAAAUAAUUCACAUGUACAUGAAUGCUUGAUGAGUCAUAUUUGAGUGAAAUAUGUGUUUGUCAAUGAAUAUGUGUUUGACUUUGUACUACAAGAGUGUUUGGAGUGUUGGUGUGCUCAGUAUUAAAAUACUGUACAUAAGUUUGGGAUAUAGAAGAAUCAGUGUAAAUCUUAACAUGUUGUGAGACUUUCACAAAAAUAAGCCCAUGUAAAUAUAUCAAGAUUAAAGAAGGACUUGAUGCAACAAAAACACAGGCUGUGGAAUUAUUUAUUGUAGAUACUAUAGUCAAUUAGUCAUACUUGUCAGAUUAGUUUGAACAUAUUCUAUUGUACUGUUCUGACAACUUGUUAGGUUCUAACUUUGAUACUUGAUGAUGUUGAGGAAGUCUCAGAAUGGGAGAGUCUUCUCUGUGUGGUGGAGACUCUCUGUAUGUCAUCAUCUCAAACUUAAAUGUCUCUCCAAUAAAAAUCCGCCCACUGCCAAUAUUCAUUCAUGAGAGAGUUCCGAGUGUACAGACGAAGCAGACCGAAUGAGCUUCCGGAAUUGAUCACGUGAUUACGACCUCUGGCGGGGUGGAACAGAAGCCCCAUGUAAAGGGAGAGUUUACCAACUGGAUAGGGACAAUUUAACCAUUUCGGGAGGCUUUUCACACAUUUUAUAACUGAAAAAAUGUCCGAUCAGGAUUAUGAUGGAUAUAUGGAGGGAGAAGAAGAAUGGGACAGGGAGGGUUUACUGGACCCGGCAUGGGAAAAACAGCAAAAGAAGACAUUCACAGCAUGGUGCAAUUCCCAUUUAAGAAAGGCUGGUACUCAAAUAGAAAACAUCGAGGAGGAUUUUCGAAAUGGUUUAAAAUUGAUGUUAUUAUUGGAAGUGAUCUCUGGAGAACAGCUCCCCAAGCCAGACAGGGGAAAGAUGAGGUUCCACAAAAUUGCAAAUGUCAACAAAGCUUUGGACUUCAUUGCAUCUAAAGGUGUCAGACUGGUUUCCAUUGGUGCUGAAGAAAUUGUGGAUGGGAAUCCCAAGAUGACUCUGGGUAUGAUCUGGACCAUUAUCCUUCGUUUUGCCAUUCAAGAUAUUACAGUGGAGGAACUGACUGCUAAAGAGGGACUCCUCCUUUGGUGCCAACGUAAAACAGCCCCAUACAAAAAUGUCAAUGUGCAGAACUUUCAUCUCAGUUGGAAAGACGGUCUGGCAUUCUGUGCGUUGAUUCACCGGCAUCGUCCAGAAUUAUUAGACUAUUACAAGUUAUCCAGGGACAACCCAUUAGAGAAUUUGAAUACUGCAUUCGAUGUUGCAGAAAAACAUCUUGAUAUUCCACGCAUGUUAGAUCCAGAAGAUAUGGUGAACUCAGUAAAACCAGAUGAGCGUUCUGUGAUGGCCUACGUUUCUUCAUACUAUCACGCAUUUUCAGGGGCACAGCAAGCUGAAACAGCAGCAAACAGAAUUUGCAAAGUGUUGAAGGUCAACCAGGAAAAUGAGCGUCUAAUGGAAGAAUACGAAAGGCUAGCCAGUGAUCUUUUGGAAUGGAUCAAGAAAACCACACCAUGGCUAGAAAACAGAACAACCGACAAUACUUUACCUGGAACCCAGAGAAAGCUUGAGGAAUUCCGGGACUACAGACGUAAACACAAACCUCCCAAAUUGGAAGAUAAAGCACGGCUUGAGAACAGCUUUAACACCCUGCAGACAAGGCUUCGACUCAGUAACAGGCCAGCCUACCUCCCCACUGAGGGUAAAAUGGUGUCGGAUAUUGCUAAUGCUUGGAAAGGUUUGGAAUUUGCUGAGAAAGGUUUCGAAGAGUGGUUACUCUCAGAGCUGCAAAGACUAGAGCGUCUUGAUCAUUUAGCUCAGAAGUUUAGGCACCGUUGUCAAAUUCAUGAAGAAUGGGCUGAGGGCAAAGAAGACAUGCUUCAGAGCCAGGACUAUCUUAGAUGUGGGCUUAAUCAAUUAAAGGCUAUGAAGAAGAAACAUGAGGCUUUUGAGAGUGAUUUAGCAGCUCACCAAGACAGAGUUGAGCAAAUUGCAGCAAUAGCUCAGGAGCUGAAUCUUUUAGAAUACCAUGAUGUUCACACAGUCAAUACUAGAUGUCAGAGUAUCUGUGAUCAGUGGGAUAGACUAGGAACUUUAACUGCUCAGAGACGACAAGGUCUUGAUGAAGCAGAAAAAAUACUAGAAAAAAUAGAUACCCUUCAUCUCGACUUUGCAAAACGGGCAGCUCCUUUCAACAACUGGUUAGAUGGUGCAAAAGAAGAUUUAUUAGAUAUAUUUAUUGUUCACACUGUAGAGGAAAUUCAGCAACUUUUAGAAGCACAUGAAACAUUUAAGCAGACCCUGCCAGAAGCAGAUAAGGAAUUUAAUGCCAUUAUGGCUUUGGCCUCUGAAGUCCAGAGGCUGGCUAAUCAAGUGGGCUUACAGCUGACAGAUAAUCCCUACACCACGGUGGAUCCUCAGGAGGACAUAGCUAAUAAAUGGGCUGAUGUGAAGCAAUUAGUGCCAAAACGAGACGGCACUCUGCAGAAUGAAAUGAUGAAGCAACAGAACAACAUGAGACUGAGGAAACAGUUUGCUGCUAAGGCUAAUGUGGUGGGUCCGUGGAUUGAGAACCAGCUGGACGCUGUGGCUUCCAUGGGAAUUCAAACCAAGAGCUCACUGGAAGAACAGCUGAAAAAACUAAGGCAAUAUGAGCAGGCUACUGCCCAGUACAAGCCAAACAUUGACGAGCUGGAACGAUAUAACCAGGAAAUUCAGGAGGCUAUGAUCUUUGAAAACCACUAUACACAAUACACCAUGGAGACAUUGCGAGUUGGAUGGGAACAACUUCUCACAGCAGUUGCCAGGAAUAUCAAUGAAGUGGAAAAUCAGAUCCUAACAAGGGAUUCUAAGGGUAUCAGUGAAGACCAAAUGAAUGAGUUCCGUGUUUCUUUCAAUCAUUUCGAUAAGAACAGAACACGUCGUCUUGAACCUAAAGAAUUUAAGGCCUGCCUUGUCAGUUUAGGAUACAAUAUUCGUGAUGACAGACAGGGAGAUGCUGACUUCCAGCGUAUCAUGUCCAUUGUGGACCCCAAUAACUCCGGCUACGUGACCUUUGAGGCCUUCCUUGACUUCAUGACCCGUGAGACUGCUGACACUGACACAGCUGAACAGGUCAUGCAAUCGUUCAAAAUUCUGGCUGGAGACAAGGUAAGACUGAACAAGUUAUACAGAGGAAAUUUCAAAUCAUAUUGUUGUGAUAAAGAAUAUGAUUUGUUGUUCUUGUGUUGUAUGCUGCAGUGUUGUAUAGUGUUUAAAACGAAUAAUCAACAGACAUGUGCUUUGAUUUAGCACAGUAAGUAGUAAGCAAGUCAGUAAAACUGAAAGUGCAUGCAUUGGUAAAUCAAGUGAUUCUGAAGUAUAAAAUGUUUUACGGGACCGACUGCAAUUUUGGAUGAAAGCAAAUAAAAAUUAAAGCCCUUGUUUAUUUCUAUAUUUACCCCUAAGUGUCCAUAAAAAUGCACCAAAAGAAUAAAACAAAAUGUAUGCUUCAAAAAGUUUAGAUUUAUGAUGAUUGAAAAUCAAAUAUGGCAGAAAAGCGAGUCAAAAAACUGGGACUUCAGAAAAUGUAAAGUUAACAUUUGCUGUGAAUCUAGUGAUGAUCAUAUUCACAGUUCAUAUCAGCUAAUUACCAGUGAUGUUAAUUAGUACUUUCCUUGACAGGUAAAAGAGGGAGUGUCAAAUUGGCCAUUAUUCACGUAAAGUUAAACUACAGGAAUAAGUAAAAGCUUAAACUUCAGGUGUAAAUAAAAAAAUUAGUCUAUUAUUUAUUCCUUUCAUUAUUUUUCUGGGCUAUGAAAUCGACCAUUUUGGUGAUCUAAAGUGUCAAUCCCCAUCCAUAUCGGUCUGAAUACUUUUACUGAAGUAUACUGAAUACUCUGUUUUUACAGAAAUAAUAAUGUGUAUUCUACUUAAUUUUCUGUGGCAAUUUUCUAAUUCCUAUUUCAAUUUGGUCUUUUUAAACUUUACUGAAAAUGAAAAAAAUUAUACAAUUUCCUUGGUUUUAUCUAUUUGAUCGACUUCUCAAAUGUACAACUUUUAUUUCUAUUUCGAAUUUCCAAGUAUUUUUAGGAAAGAUUCUCGUAAAACAAACAAAAAAAAUGUUGGCCAAUGUAGUUUAUCUUCUACUAACUGAAAUACAUGUAGAUUUUUUAUCUGUUCAUUUACAAGAUUGUUUUAUGUUUCAGCCAUUUAUCACAGCACAGAUUCUUCGACAAGAACUGCCUCCAGAUCAGGCAGAAUACUGUAUUCAGAGAAUGGCGCCAUAUUCAGGACGUGAUGCUGUCCCGGGUGCUUUAGAUUACAUGUCAUUCUCCACUGCUCUGUAUGGUGAAAGUGACCUUUGAACUCCUCUUAUCAACCACUUUGUGUGACUGGUCUUGCAGCAUAGAAGUCAAGAGUGAUAGAUGUAUAAGAGAAAACUCUCCAUGAAGACAAUUUUAUGCAUUGUAUUAUACAUUGACGUAAUAGGAUUGAAUUUAUGAUUUUUUUCUUCUUUUUUUUUUUAAACAUGUUAUAAUUUAUGCAAAGCCAUAUGUAUGGAUUAGUUUCUGACAGUUUCCAAGUUUCUGUAUGUACUUUGCGAAGUUAAUAAUUUUUACCAGUUUUAUAUAUAACACAAUCCUACGCAUGUUCAAUGGUGGGGUUAAGAAUGUGAUUCUAUGCUGCAGUGUCCAACAAAAACAAAAAAAUGGUGUCAGACUGGAUCCCAUACAGUCUGUUCAUAUCUGAAGGUCUUCCCAAAAGUUUUGUCUGCUCUCAGAAUUAAGUUUGAACAACAUUGCCUUCAUUUGUAUAAUCAGGUCAUGGCUGUACAUGGUAGUGACAAAUGCAUGCUCGUUUACUUCAAAAAUAUUUUCGAAGUAAUUAACUUCCCAUAUGAUUUUUUAAAUUCCAAGUUUUAAGCAAAAGAAGUCAUAUACAUAAUGAUAUACAUGGAUAAAUGUUUAGGGAGGGGGUAGUAAGAAACAUUUAAGGAAAGAGAUCGGCUUAAAGCACUGCCAGGAUGAAUGCAAGAAAGCCCAUGUAUGUAGAGAAGUAUGUAGAUAGGAAGCUUGGACUGCGUAGCAAUGUUGACAUUAGCCCUUUAGUGGCAAAGGCUCUCUUAGGGAUGUUUAUAUUGUCCCAGCUGUAUUUAAUUCAGAUUCUUAUUUAAUAUAUGAUCAAUUUUUGUGUAGUAUACAGAACAAAUUGCAGUCAUACUGCUCUAUAUAUUAUACUCUUGUAUUUUCAAGGCUUCAGUACAUUUGCAUAUCAUUUUUCAGUAUAUAUCAGUACUGUAACAUCUAUUGGAAAAAAACUUUUAUCUUGUUCAUCAUAAAUUUUUGAAAAUGUCUGUUUAGCAUAAGUUUGUAAUCCAAACAGCGUAAGACUAAUUUUGGAUUUGUAAAUUGUGCUUAUAUAAGUUUAGAUCUGCUUGUCCGACUGCUAGAAUCAGUUUGCUUGUCAGUAACUUACCAAUUACUGAUCAAUAAACUUCUACCCACAGUG